GACUCAAUUGUAAUUAAAAAGGAGAGUUGAAAAUGUUUCCAUAAGAGAAGUGCGCAAACCAAAUAAGUUUGGCGCCCAACUAUUACUAUGUGCAUAUGCAAAGACGACAGACGCAUCGUACAUGGCUGCUGUGGCUGUCUCGCUCUGGGGAGCUUUUCAUUGCGUGCUUUUUUGGAGCUCGGCCCCAAAGCGAGCAGCGCAGCCAAACGAAUAGCAGCAGCAGCAAACAGCAGCUGAGUUAACGGCGCACACUCUCACGCGUUAGAACAUCGGGGCCGCUAAAAUUGUGACCGAGACAGAGCGGCAAUCCCCCGACGUUUGCACAACACAGUUGUUAUUGUGUUUUUUUUCGUAGAUUUCUCGGUUAAAAGUUCAAAGCAAAGUGAAGCAAAGCGACAAAAACACACGCGCCACAGCAAAAAUAAAAUAAAAGGUAAAAUAAAGGCAGCACCAACAACAAACGAGACGGCAACAAGAACAAUAACAACAACAAUAACAGCAACAGCAAAAAGAAAGCAACAGAAGCAGCUUGAAAAUCAAUCGAAUAAUACCAACCAACAACAAGUUUUUAGUUGUUUUCUCUUGUGUGCGCUAUUCGUGUGUGUGUUUGCCUGCUCUACGCUUUGGGCGCAACAUUUAUUCUCGAUUUUGUAUUUUGUUUUGCACAUUUCAUCAAGCCAAACCACCUCCAAAAAAGCGCAAAACUAGCUGCGCUCAUUGCAAGGCGACAAUCAGCCCCAGCAAAUUGUAAUAAUAAAAGCUCAACUUUUACACAACUUGCAUGCAAGCUGUAGCUCACAAAGUGGGGGCAGAGGAGACUGCAACAACAACAACAGCACCAAUAGAAAGGGCAACAGCAAAAGCAAAACCUAAAGAUAGAGAAAGGGAGAGAGACAGAGAGAGCAAAGCUUGGUCCAUUGUCCAGCUGCAGCGAAGCAUUGCGCCUGCCUUGCAUCGCCUAAAUGACUAUGGCCAUGGCACCCACCACAGCAGCUACCGCCACCACCACUACCGCCGCCGCCAACAAAGCUCCCACACCCAAGCUGGCCAAGUUCAAGUCUUCCUCGCUGGACAAUGAGAUCUAUACUGCAAAUAGACGGAGCACCAUCGCCACCGCAGCCAGCGACUGGAAAGCUUUACGUGCGCCGCUCAAUGGCAGAUCUCCUCAUGUGGGCAGCACGGCAGCGGGCCAGCCAGGAGGCGUGGUCGGCCACAUGACACGCGCCGCCUCCACCUCAUCGCUGGCCAGCAGCACACGCACCAUGACGAACUACCAGGAGUACAAAAUGGAAAUUAUUAAUCAGGGCAAAUGCCUGUGCGGGCAGUACAUAAGAGCGCGGCUGCGACGUGCCGGGGUACUCAAUCGCAAGGUGAUACAAAGACUACGCAACAUACUGGAACCAUCGUCACAUGUUGUCUACGAGGUGUUUCCAGCGCUCAAUAGCAUGGGCGAGGAACUGGAGCGCAUGCAUCCGCGUGUCUAUACGAACAUCUCCAGGCAGCUGUCACGUGCGCCCUUUGGUGAGCUGGAGGAUAGCGAUAUGGCGCCAAUGCUGCUCAAUCUGGUGGCCAAGGAUCUCUUUCGCUCGAGCAUUACGUGGGGCAAAAUCAUCUCGAUAUUCUCCGUCUGUGGCGGCUUCGCCAUCGACUGUGUCCGCCAGGGCCACUAUGAUUACUUGCAGACCCUGGUGGACGGCUUGGCUGAGAUUAUUGAGGAUGACCUGGUCUACUGGCUGAUCGACAAUGGCGGCUGGUUGGGUCUGCAGCAGCAUAUACGGCCGCGUGUCGGGGAAUUUACAUUUCUUGGCUGGCUGACAUUGUUCGUGACCGUUUCGGCUGGCGCCUAUGUCGUUUCGAAUGUUUGCAAACGUAUUGGCUGUCAGCUGUAUUCGUUGUUAUUUUAGUUUCGGGUCAUUUUUAGUUCUAAUUGUACCCUGUAGUCAGUCAGUGAGAUAAACUUGUAAUCAUUCCUGCUUAAAGUCGUUUAAUAGCUUGUAAAGAGAUCUGUUUAAUGUUUGAUAUUGAUAUUGAUAUUGAUACUUGUUAUAUUGUUUUUGUACAUAUGCCU